GCAUAUCGAGCAAAUGAGUGUACGCACUACGCGACAGUGAGUGUACGCAGUGUCAGCUGAGAGGCCGCCCGUGCCGUCGCAACUCGCACGUGCCGUUCAGCACCCGGGAAAGCGAGCUAGCUCGCGGACACUGAUGACGCCGCAACGCCUAGGAUCUGACGCCUGCCUGCGUGUGCAGCCCGUAAUCAGUAGUCAGCGACGAACAGCGAGUUUUCUCGCCUCGAAAAGCCCUAUGCUGCUCCGCCAUCAUUGACGGAGCGCUCUUCCCAUCCGGAAAUCCACGCCGAGUUCGCUUUAGGGCAGCAGUCGGAAGAAUCGCUUUGUAAAUAAUUCGUCAUGACGGAGAUAACGGCCUCGAAUCCAGAAGUGACUUAUAAAUCACUUCGGAGAAACAUGCUACACGGAAAUCGUGAUGUUACGGACAAAUAUUGGAGCAUUUUAUUUUUAUCCAUAGUGUCCAUUUGGAUAGGCUCCUUUGGAUAUGUCGUGUAUCAAGGGACUAAUUUACGAACUGUUGAGCACAAUAAAACGAUUUUUGAAAUGGAAACAAGAAUUAACAUGGAUAAUGAAAAUUGGUUUUCCGAAAUAUACAAUACUACAGCCAAUAGUAUCAGCAAGUACAGUAGAGAAAGCUGGUCAAGUACAAUGGGUCUGAGAAUGUUAAUUUGUCUGCUGAUUAUGUUAUGCGUAAUGAUGUUGAUACGAGUGGUGCCGAAAUUCUGCGCUCAUCUUGCAAUAGCUGGAACAACUUUAACAAUAGUUUCAAUAAUUAGUGCUAUUGGGAUGCAUCUUGCGAAAGAUUAUACGACUCGAGUGAAACCGUUCCGCGAAAAAUUGUUACUCUGGAUUACACCUGAAUUAAUUGGCUUUGUUUUAUGUGUAUCGGCACUUGUCGCUAUGAUGUACAUAGGAGCUUUUGCUAUGAGUGAGAUUCUACGAAAAUCGUGCAGGGUUUUCUUUUUUUACCGUUACUCAGUAUUUUUCGGAUUAUUCAUUUUUGGAAUAAUAAUAUUUAUAUUAAACUUCACAAUCAGAUAUCUCGAAGAUAUUCCUACGAACAAUAUUUUAUUUUACACAAUAUUAGGCGGAAGUAUCUACUUUAUGCGAUUUAUCUACUUUUUCGGAAGGAUGGUGAUUUCUAUGUUAGCAGCCACGCAUCAUUGGUCUACAAACAAAAGCAGUAUUCCUUUUACUGCUCUAUUUAGCGCAAUUAUGAGCGUGAGCAAAUAUCAUUUUGGAACAGUUUGUUUCAGUGCAACAGUGAUCUUACCUCCGAUAGUUGCAUUGUUUGCUCUAUGCAAAUCCAAAUCCGAACCCGUUCAAACUUUUGCCAACCGCUUCAUUAAAUUCGUUUUUAGCGUUUACCUAACGGUUUAUAUUGCAGAAUACUCCACGAUCGUAACCGCUCUGCACGAGCUCAACUUUUACCAAUCUACGAAGAAAACGUUUCAUCUUCUGAUUAAAGACUGCCCGCGAUCUCUAGCAUUUUUAAGAGUUUUUGGAACUAUUGUGAAUAUUGCAAUAAUGAGCUUAUUUUUAGCGGAUGUUGUGAUUUGUGCUAUUUAUAUGCAGCGAAACUUUCCCGAUUUGGUGAUAUCAUCAAUAACAGUGCUCUUUACCUACAUUUUAAUGUCUUUACCGGUAUACAUAGUAAUGGAUACAAUAACAGAUACAACUGUUAUUUGUGUUAUGAAUGAAGAUGAAGAUAAUAUAAUAUCUGAUGAAAAACCACCUCAUAUAGCAUUCAACGGAUCAGCGGCCUAAAAUGUUUGCUAUAAUUGAAAGAUAAAAUUAGCACCGAUAUCUACCUCAAGUCAGCUUUCUCGAUCUUCUUGUUAAUUCAUUUACAGUUAUAAAUUUUUCAUAAAACGUUUUAAGUUAGUUAGUAAUUUAAACUACUUCUCGAUCAAAAUUAGGUUAUAGAAAAUACAAAUACGAUUACACUGCAACACUACGAUUCCUGUUGUAAGUUAUUUUCAACAUAAAAAAAUAAUAUUAUAUUAACUAUAUUUUCAAAGUUCAUCUUUGAUUCUUAUAUUCGCGAAAGGUUUUUAGAUCAAAAUAGUUUUCGUGUUUUUUUAUGUAGAACUAAUUAGGUUUUAUAUAUUGAUUUUUCUCAAAUAUCGAAUUAGUUAUUCUGAAAAUUGAAUAGAGUAUUGUAAGAAAACUCAAAUUAAUGUCAAAGAAUAUUGUACAUAUAUGUGACACAGUAAGCAACGGUGGAGUAGAUUGAAAGAAAUGAGAAGAUUUUUUUCAACUGCAUUUAAAUAAAGAACUUUAUGCCAACUACAAUGAUGAAA